AUGUUGGUAACUAAAUUAAUAGUCUUCUCCAUCUUUUUCAGGUUUCUCUCAGGAGCUUCUCUCGAGACUAUAUACAAAAGAGAAAUAAAGAAGCCUUCCUUAGACCCUUUUUAUGUUCCACCUAAAGGUUACGAGAAAUACAAAAAUGGGCAUAUACUAAAGCACAGGGUCGUUGAAGAUUUCGGAUUUUUCAAGAUUCCAGUUAAAGCCAAAGAAGCACACCAGUAUCUUGUCCGUUCUGAAGAUAGUAUGGGAAAUCCUAAUGCUAUUGUUACAAGUCUAUUCGUCCCUUAUGAUGCAGAUCCAAGCAUGCUUGUUUCUUACCAUAUUGCUCAGGAUUCAUCGGACGCAGAUUGUGCAAUAUCAUACGGUUUACAAUUGAACACAACUUGGGAAACUUGGGUGAUGCCGCAGCUUGAGGAAGCUGUAUUUCAGACUUUUUUAUAUGAAGGUUACUAUGUGGUAGUUCCUGACCAUGAGGGGCCCAAGGCAAGCUUUGGAGUAGGUAGGCAAUCUGGACACGCCGCGCUUGAUUCGAUAAGGGCCGUCUUGAGCACAGGAAAUACAACAAAGAUUGACAGUAAAGCUAGAGUUGCCAUGUGGGGAUAUUCUGGAGGAUCUCACCCUGGAACCUGGGGUACCUACUUACAUUCAACUUAUGCUCCUGAAAUUAAUUUGGUUGGUGCGGCAAUGGGUGGAGUUAUAGUGAAUUUAUAUGAUAUUCUUAAAGUGAAUAUAGAUACUCCGACAGCAGGUUUAGUUAUGGCAGGGCUUAGUGGACUAGCAAAUGAAUACAGUGCUGUAAAAAAAUUAUUAAAAGAAAACUUUAAAAGUAAUAAACUAGGUGAUGAAUUUUUCGAGGUUAACAAAAAAUGUUUGAUUCCAUACAUAUUCAAAUAUGCUUUUAAGAAUAUUGACGACUAUAUCAAACUGGCUUGGGAAGUUAUAAAUUCGCCUGCAGCGAAACCAUAUGCGGAUGCGCAGAAUAUUCUUCUUCAGAAUGGAACUACAAAAGUACCCAUUUACCUAUAUAAUGCAGUAGGAGACCAAAUAAUUCCCGUUAAUGAUACCAACAAAUUUUAUGAGCGUCUUUGUUCUGGAGGAGCUACCGUUGAGUAUCGAGAAAGUCUUUUUGGUGGGCAUAUCACUGAGUGGGCACUUGGGUCUGGAAGUGCACUAGAAUGGGUAAAGGAUAGACUUAAAGGUGUCCAUAUGACUCAAGGUUGCAAGAAAUAUCAGGUCGAGAGCAACGCUUUGACUGAAACUGGUAUAUCUGGAUUGAGUGAGAUAUUUGGUAAUAUCUUAUCAUCUGCACUAGGUGAGGAGACCGGUCCAAAGUAA